AUGGUUUCUCUCAAGUACUCAAUAUUUAACCAAAAAGGACAAGCUAAUAAAAUCAUUGCAAUGGAAGUUCCUCUUACCAAUAAUGCUUAUGCCCCACAACCACAACCACAACCAUUACAAUCACAGCCCUUACAGCCACAACCAUUAAAACCACAACCAUUAAAACCACAACCCUUACAACCACAACCCUUACAACCACAACCCUUACAACCACAACCACAACCACAACCCUUACAACCACAACCCUUACAACCACAACCCUUACAACCACAACCCUUACAACCACAACCCUUACAACCACAGCCAUUAAAACCACAACCAUUAGAACCACAACCACAACCACAAACAUUACAAAAUGUUUCUGCUCCUACUCCUCCACUUCUCACCACCGCCACUAAUAACUCUUCAACUUCUCCUUCAAAAACAUCAAGAAAGGCAAAUCUGAGUAAUCAAGAACACCAGGGGCAAGGAAACCCUCAACCAUUAGCAUUUACCACGCCAUCGAAUCCAUCAUUUGAAGCAAAUUAUUAUCCAAAUAUUGGUAAUGAUAAUAUCAAUAACAAUAACAAUUCACCUAGUACACCACCAUUAACGACAAAAUCAAAUCAAAAACCACUUCCUUAUAACGCGUCGUCAUCAUCAUACUCUGAUUCUUCUUAUUCGCAUAGUCAUAAGAAAAACAGUUCGCAUUACGGUAAUGAUGGAAUUACGCCAUCAUAUUCUACAAAAUCGGAAGAUUCAAAUGGUAAAUAUAAACCAAAACCACCAAAUCCUUCAUCUAGCCAUAAGAAAAAGAAAAGAAGACGUAGGGAUGAAUGCGAUUUCUCUGAUUGUUGUACAGUAUGUGGUUGUAUCAGAUGUACAUGUACCCUGUGUAUAAUAGUUUUGGCUAUCAUAUUUAUUCUCAUUGGAUUGGCUGCGUUUGGUUUUGCAAAAACUAUACCAGGAAAAUGUCAAAAUAUUUGUGAUCCAAAUAUAUCAAUCAAUAAUUCUACUAAUUCUAAUGUUAUUACUCCAAACUCCUCCAAUAAUCUUAAUUUAGCGCCGUCAGCUAAUAAUGACGAGAGUAAUUUUAGUUUCAGUGAUAACGCUUUGACGGAUUCUGCGACAAACACUGCGAAUGAUGCAAUAGAUGACGGUAAAGAUAAGUGUAAUACAAUUUGUAAAAAAGGGGUUUUUGACGCGUUAUAUUAUGGCGGUAUCGGAUUUAUUGCUCUUGGUGGAUUCAUGCUUGCUAUACAAGUAUUUUGUAUGCUGUGUAGGAUUGGUUCGAGUGGAGAGUUGAUUAAAAAGAUAGUAAUAGGUGAAGGUGAUUUUUGUAACUACAGUCAACCUCCCUUAUGGUCACGCCUUUCUGGACAGAUAAAACUGUGA